AUGGCAGAGCCCGGCACCCUGCCUGCUGGCUUUGGAGAAAUCGAAGUGCUGGCUGUGGGGACCGUGCUGCUGGUAGAAGCUCUCUCAGGUCUCAGCCUCAAUAGCCUGACCAUCUUCUCUUUCUGCAAGACCCCGGAGCUACGGACUCCCAGCCACCUACUCGUACUGAGCUUGGCACUUGCAGACAGCGGGAUCAGCCUGAAUGCCCUCAUCGCAGCCACAUCCAGCCUCCUUCGUGUCUCCCACAGGCGCUGGCCCUACGGCUCAGGUGGCUGCCAGGCUCACGGCUUCCAGGGCUUCACGACGGCAUUGGCCAGCAUCUGCGGCAGCGCAGCCAUCGCCUGGGGGCGCUAUCACCACUACUGCACCCGUAGACCACUGGCAUGGAGCACAGCCAUCUCCCUGGUGCUCUUUGUGUGGCUGUCUUCUGCCUUCUGGGCAGCCUUGCCCCUCCUGGGUUGGGGCCACUAUGACUACGAGCCUCUGCGGACAUGCUGCACCCUGGACUACUCCAGAGGGGACAGAAACUUCACCAGCUUCCUCUUCACCAUGGCCUUCUUCAACUUCCUCACGCCCCUCUUUAUCACACUCACGUCCUACCAGCUGAUGGAGCAGAAGCUCAGGAGGAGCGGCCACCUCCAGGUCAACACCACUUUGCCUGCCAGGACACUGCUGCUCGGCUGGGGGCCCUAUGCCCUCCUGUAUCUGUACGCAACCAUCGCAGACGUGACUUCCAUCUCCCCUAAACUACAGAUGGUGCCUGCCCUCAUUGCCAAAACAGUGCCCACAAUCAAUGCCGUCAACUAUGCCCUGGGCAGUGAGAUGGUGUGCAGGGGGAUCUGGCAGUGCCUCUCGCUGCAGAGGAGCAAGCAGGACGGAGCCAAGUGA